AUGGAGACUCAAAAUGUAAAUGACUACAUGUCAAAGAUCCGCUUAUGCUCUAUGCAAGAACUUCGAGAAAUCGCAAGGAAACUCGAGCUCAAAUCUAAUGGAAAACGUGAAGAACUCGCAAGAUUAAUCGUAUCUUUUCUUUUAACCCCAGAAGGCCGAAACGAAGCAUAUCGAAAGCUGGAUUUAAAUUUCGCGAAUUCUUUUUACGACCAAAUUAAAACAUCAAAUAGGCUCCCAGAAAAAUUCCGCUGCAUAUGCGAAGGAGGCUCUGGUGCUACAAUUGAAUGCACCCGCUGCAAAUUUCAUCAGCAUACUUCCUGCAUGGGCAGAAAUACUCUUAUUUCUCCAUAUGAAUGCCCAACCUGCCAACUUUAUCAAAUGCAGCCUCUUGACGAAGUCGUUGAAUUUUAUAUUCUCCCUAACUCAGUCCCCCGAGAUUUUAUUCAUGGAACUCAAUGUGAAAGAAAUUUUACUUUUUUACAGUCUCAGCUUGAUAAAAUCCAUAGUGCUAAAGGUGCUUUACAAAUCCAAGCUCGAUGUUUAAGGAUCGAUGGGAUUGGAUACACUCAUCAAUGGCCUAAAGUAGGCUGUUUAAUAGUCAAUGGAAGAACUGCAAUGGAGUUUCGAGGUCCUGAGCAUUCUAAUGCAAAAGCACGAAAAGACGAGCCACUAAAUUUGACCACACUUUUUGUUCCAGGCAAAAACUCAGUGAAUUUAUUAAGAGUUGCAGAUACUGAAAGCUUUUUUUGGGCUCUUGUGCUGAUUAAAAAGAGAAGCGACGAUCAUUUUAUUAAAGAAGUUUGCUCAAAACCUGGGCUAUCAGUAGAGCAAGGAAAAGCGUUUCUUAUCAAAAAAUUGAAUAGUGGGGAUAGUGAUAUUCAGUCGAGAAGUGUAAAAUUGUCGAUAAAAUGCCCAUUUACGAUGACUUUGAUGGAAAUUCCUGUGAGGGGGACAAAAUGUGACCAUUUACAGUGCUUUAAUUUAGACCCAUUUGUGAGACUGCAGAAAUCGUCAAAAGUAAAUAGAUGACGGUGUCCGAUUUGCAAGGGACUGGCGUUUGAUUUAAUUGUAGACAAGUUUAUGGCUGAAAUUGUGGAGCAUGCUCGAGUCCUUAAUGAUCCUCAUAGCGUUGAGUUGAUGUCUGAUGGAACUUAUAGGAUAAUUUCUUUUGAAGAAUACCUUGAAAGUAUCAAUAAAAAGGAAGAGGAGUCAGGAAAAGCAGAAAACGAAGCUAAGAAAAAGAGAAAAACCGAAAAAGAUGACAGCAUAAAUCUGAAUGAAUUGAUGCCAGCACCAGUUCAGAUACAGAAAAAUAACGGAAAUCCACAAGUGGUUGAUUUAAUAGAUCUGGAUUAA